AUGGGAAAAGAAACAAGCAUAGAGAAGUUAACUAGAAUAGCAGUUGUUAAUGAAGAUAAGUGUAAACCUAAUAAAUGUGCAAAAGAGUGUAUGAAAGCAUGUCCAGUAAACAAGAUAGGUAAAGUUUGUAUAGAGGUUAAAAGAAUAAGUAUUAUCAGUGAACAACUAUGUAUUGGUUGUAGUUUAUGUGCUAAGAAAUGUCCGUUUAAUGCAAUAAGUAUAUUUAACCUGCCUACAAACAUAGAUAAAGACUGUAGUCAUAGGUAUGGAGAAAAUUCUUUUAAAUUACAUAGACUACCAGUUCCUAAGCCUGGUAGGGUAUUGGGAUUAGUAGGAACAAAUGGAAUAGGUAAAAGUACAGCACUUAAAAUAUUAAGUGGUAAAAUUAGACCUAAUUUUGGAAAGUUUGAUAAAUUGAUUGAAUGGCAAGAUGUUGCUAAAUAUUACAAGGGGAGUGAAUUACAUGGUUAUUUUACUAAGUUUUUAGAGGGUGGUUUAAUAACAGCUAAUAAAAUACAAUAUAUUGAUAAGAUUCCAAGAAUUUUGUCAAAAAUGUUUAAUAAAGAAAGUUUAACAGUAAAAGAAAUAAUAGAUAUUAUGGAUGAAAGAGAAAUGAAAGAUUAUUAUAUUAAGAGGUUUGAUUUGGUAAAUAUUUUGGAAAGAGAUUUAAAUGAUUUGAGUGGAGGUGAACUUCAAAGAUUUUCUAUUGCUGUUAAUUGUAUGAAAAAUGCAAAUGUGUAUGUUUUUGAUGAACCAACAUCAUUUUUAGACGUUAAACAAAGAUUAACAGCGGCUAAAGAAAUAAGAAAGUUAUGUGAUAAUAAUGAUAAGUAUGUUAUUGUGGUAGAACAUGAUCUAGCUAUCUUAGAUUUAAUGAGUGAUUAUGGUUGUGUUUUGUAUGGGGAGAGUGGUGUUUAUGGCGUAAUAAGUAGUCCUUAUACAAUUAAAAAUGCAAUAAAUAUAUUCUUAGAUGGAUUCAUACCAACUGAGAACAUGAGAUUUAGAGAAUCAGCACUUAAAUUUUCUAUACAACAAUUAGAAGAUUCUAUUAAAGUUGAUAGAAAAAUGAAUUAUUAUUUAGAAAAUACUAAGACAUUUAAAUCAAAAAAAGGUAAAACUGAGUUUAAAUUAACCUUAAGUGGUGGUCAUUUUUCAAACAGUGAAAUAACAGUUUUAUUAGGAGAAAAUGGUAUGGGAAAAUCAACAUUUGUUAAUUUAUUGGGAGGACUUAUAAAAACUGAUAGUGGUGAACUUUUAUUUGAAGGAAUGAGUGUCAGUUUAAAAUCACAAAAAAUUGUUCCAAAAUUUAAAGGAACCGUUAAAGAAAUUUUGGAUGUAAAAUUGAAGGGAAAGUUAUUGAAUUCUGCUUUUAGAAAUGAAGUUAUUAAACCAUUAAAUAUUGAGUAUUUAUAUGAUAAUGAGUUGGCUUCUCUUUCUGGAGGAGAAUUACAAAGAGUUGCUAUUGUAUUAUGUUUAGGUAAGGAUGCUGAUAUUUAUUUGCUUGAUGAACCUGCUGCUUUCUUAGAUUCUGAUCAGAGAAUUGCUGUUUCUAAAAUGAUUAAAAAGUAUAUUUACGCUAAUAAUAAAACAGCUUUUAUAGUUGAACAUGACUUAAUAGUAGCAACAUAUUUAGCUGAUCGUAUUAUAGUUUUUGAUGGACAACCUGGUGUUUUAUCUAGAGCUAGUGAACCACUUGAUAUUAAAGAAGGUAUGAAUAGAUUUCUUAAAACUCUUGAUAUUACUUUCAGAAGAGACUCUACCAAUUACAGACCGAGAGUUAAUAAGCCUGAUUCUAAUAAAGACAGAGAACAAAAGGAAAGUGGUAAUUAUUUCUUUGUUUAA